GGAAAAAUGUACACAGAACAGCAAAAAACCGAAGAGUUAAAAAGGAUUCUGACACAGGGGAAUAUACAUGGUAUAAAGAUACACAGGGAUAAAUAUAAUAAUGUGACAUUAAUUAAAACACCCAAAAACCUAGGAAAUUCUUAUAAAGUAGGAAUAGAUGAGGCCGGGCGGGGGCCAUUAGCAGGCCCACUUGUUUAUGGUCUGGUCUAUUGGGCAAAAGAUCCAAAAACAGUAAUAUAUAACGAUUCAAAAAAAGUGAAAAAACAGAAAAGAGGCCUACAGCAUAUAGAUCUAUACAGAGAUGAGAAUGUUGGGUUUAUAAUUCGCUGCAUAUCUCCUCUUUUUAUAAGUAUUAACAUGCUUGGUGUGAAAAACAACAAGUUGAGAAAAGCUAAGGAAUCUGUAAGUAAAAUGCCAAAGAAAAAACAGAAAAUCCAAGAGAGCCCAAGCCAAGUAAAAGCAACAAAGGUUGUAAAUGAAAGUGGAUUAAUAAAAUUCAUAAUGCCGGGGAAGAAUAAAGAUGUGAUAGCACUGUCCCCUCCUAUAUUUGUAAAUAAGCAAUGUCAAAAUCUUAACGAUCUAUCGAUUGAUUGUAUACUGAAUAUGCUAAGUAUGUGUGCAGGGUUUAAUGUUCCAAUAUCAGAAAUAUUUAUUGACACAGUUGGAAACAAAAAAACUCUGCAUGAAAAGGUUAAAAAUAGAAUGAAAGAGUACAAAACAAUUAAAAAAAUAACUGUAGAAGAAAAGGCGGAUUCAAAAUAUCAAACAGUAGGAGCAGCAAGUAUUCUUGCUAAGGUAACUAGAGAUAUGUUUUUAGAAAUGCCAGAAGUCGUAAAUAUAAUGUACAGUGAAGCAAAACUGCCGAGCAUGCCUAUUUCUGGGUAUCCAUCAGACGCCGCCACAAAAAACUGGAUGGAACAUUCAUUUAUUUCUGGCAUAGGAUUUCCAUCGAUAUUCCGUAUAACAUGGAAACCGAUCAUGGAUAUACUUGAGAGAAAUAAGCCCAAAUUAAAUCUAGACCGUGUUAGUCAGAUAGGAAAUAUGAGGUGUCUUCUUAAAAAAGCGAAAUAAUUAUAAAUGAACA